AUGAGGUCAUGGAAUGACUUACAAACUAGAUUAACAAAUAAUAAAACAAUUGACAAGCAAAUCCAAGAACAAAUAAAUAAAGAAAAAGAUCAUUGGAAAAACGUGUUAAUAAGAAUCAUUGCUGUAGUUAAAACUUUAGGAAAAUGUAAUUUAGCAUUUCGUGGAACAAAUGAAAAAAUUUAUGAAGAAAAUAAUGGUAAUUUUUUAACUAUAAUUGAAAUGAUUGCUGAAUUUGAUCUUAUUAUGCAAGAACAUAUUAGGAGAAUUAAUGACAAAGAAAUUCAUAAUCAUUAUCUUGGACAUAAUAUGCAAAACGAACUUAUUAGUUUAUUAGGAGAAGAAGUUAAAACUAAAAUUAUUAAAAAAGUAAGAGAGGCUAAAUACUUUUCAAUAAUACUUGAUUGUAUUCCUGAUACAAGUCAUAAGGAACAAAUGUCAAUUAUCUUACAAUGUUUAGAUCUUUCAACCACUCCAAUAGAAGUUAAGGAAUACUUUCUAGGAUUUUUAGUUGUAGAUAAUACAACCGGUAAAGACUUAUAUGAUGCUAUAGUUGAUGAAAUUAAAAAUAUAGGACUAGAUAUAAAUGAUGUUAGGGGUCAAGGUUACGACAAUGGUUCAAAUAUGAAAGGAAAACAUCAAGGUAUACAGAAACGAUUGUUAGAUAUUAACCCUAAAGCAUUCUACACUCCUUGUGGUUGUCAUAGUUUAAAUUUAGUAAUUUGUGAUAGGGCUAAUUCGUGUGAAAGAGCUAGUGAAUUUUUUGGAGUUAUACAACGUAUAUAUUCGAUAUUUGCUUCAUCAACUCAAAGGUGGAAAAUAUUACAAGAUAAUAUACCAAACCUAACACUUAAAUCAUUAUCGCAAACUCGUUGGGAAAGUACGGUAGAAAGUGUAAAAGCAAUUAGAUUUCAAGCACUACAAUUAAGAAAAACACUUUUACAAUUAUCUAAAAAUUGUGGAGAUCCAAAAAUUAAAAGUGAGGCUAAAUGUUUAGCUACAUAUGAACUUGAAAACUAUGAAUUUUUAUUAGGAAUGAUUAUUUGGUAUGAUGUUUUGUUUGCUAUUAACACUGUUAGUAAAAGCUUGCAAUCAAAUGAUAUAUGUAUCGAUGAUGCUAUAGAUCAACUAAAUGGACUUUUGUGUUUCUUUGAAGAAUAUAGAGAAAACGGAUUUGAAAAGGCUUUAGAUUAUGCAAAAGAAUUGGCUUUAGAAAUGAAUGUAAAACCAGAAUUUCGUGAAAAGCGUAUCAUUCAAAGAAAUAGACGAUAUGAUGAAAAUGCGACUGAACAAGGUGUUAUGAAUGUUGCUCUAAAUCUUAUUACGCAUGUUGCGUUAAUCAUCACGGCCCAUUUUGAUGACAUCUACUCUCAGAAAGACCGUUGCAUAGGAAUGUUUAAUCACUAG